CGCGCGCUACCUUUGUAGAGCCACACACGCGUCACGCACAGCGCGACCUUGCAGGAAAGCAUGCAUGUCUCGAGAAUCCCCAGUGGUGCGUGCACGUCCUCCAUCAUCAUCACCAUCCGCUUCUCGGCGAGGCACUCCUUCCGGAACGCAUACAAGAUCUGCAGGGUAGAUAGACGACGAAAGCGUAUUCGACACGCGCGGGAAGCGCAGCAAUUUGAUUUCGAAGGCACUCGUAGACAGCGGUACGCUCGCCUCUCAUGGACAGCCCGCUAGCUUCUGCUUCUGCUGCCGAUACGGCAGGCCCAAGCCGAGUUGGAAAUGGAGCGAUGGAGAAGGGCUCACAGGCAGCGCAAGCAGCGCAGACUGCGCCUGAUGCGCAGCAGGAUGAAGACCUUUGGAGUAGCAUCUUGGACUCGGUUCAGAGCAGCAAAGCUGUACCCCUCAAGAACUUGAUCAUCAUGGGUGAACCUGGGACCGGAAAGACGACGAUACUUUCUUCGCUGGCGGCGAGGGCGCCUGCCGGCUUCAUUUCUCUGCCUGCCAGCUCGUCUUCAAAUUCGGUCGGAGGUCAGGCUCAAGCAGGAGUGUCUGGAGCAGCCACAGGAACGCCAAAUUUGAGCGGCCCAGAGCAUGACCUGCAGACCAACGCCGAAGUCUCGGGGGCGGCAGACUUUGGCAUGGGGUACGGGUACUGGGACGUCGGUGAUGAGGACGGAGAGGACACGUUGGCGCGGGUUGGCGUCUACCAAGUCCCCUCUUCGCACCCAGUUCACCUGUCUCUGCUACCGUUUGCGCUUGCUGCGUCGUCCUCCGAUCCAACGAGCACAAAUCCUGCCGCAAGCGCAUCCUCCUUGCGGCCAAGCACGUCUUUGCAGGCUGGUCUCUCAUCUACCGCUACCUCGCCGAAGCCUUCCAUGACGGCUAUCAAAGACUCCUUGUUCAUGAUAGUGCUUGACUGGCAAGCGCCUUGGACCUUCUUAGAGCAGCUGUCUACCUGGCUGGACGUUGUUAGAGGGGUGCUGGAGGACGCCGAAAAUGCUGGCGCAAACGUCGAGGAGAGGGCCAGAUGGACGAAGGAGAGAGCCCUUGCAGACGAGCUUAGGGAGCAGCUUGAGGCUUACAUUCGCUCCUAUGCGGAGCCCGCGCAGACCACAGAUGGCGUGCAAGCCACUGCAGGCCCGAACCCUGCGCUCACAGAUCCGUCAUUGCCGUUAGGAGAGGGAGUGCUCGAGCACAAUUGGGGCGUACCGCUUGUGAUCGUUUGCACAAAGGCCGACACGAUACCACAACUCGAAAGGGAUCGCGAGUUCAAGGAGGAGCAAUUCGAUUACAUACAGCAGGUGCUUCGAACCACUUGCUUGAAAUACGGCGCUGGACUCUUCUUCACAGCGCAAUCUCGGCCGCGGACGUUUGAGGUGCUGCGCUCUUACGUCUUGCACAGGCUUUUUACCCCGCCAGUGCCAGCACGGCUCACCUCUGCGACUGAUGGCUCUCAUAAUCGUGCUGCAGACGCAGGCGCAGCUCCGUCAAGCGUGGUAGCCGGAGGUGCACUCUCUUCGCGAUUUCCAUUCACAUACCGAUCGUCAACGAUCGAGCGCGACGAGCUCGUGGUGCCCACAGGUUGGGACACUUGGGGAAAGAUCAAGGCGCACAGGGAUGGAUUUGAUGCAAAUGCCACUUCAAAGGGCUGGGAGUGGGACAUGCUCGUCGAACAGGUUAGACGAGAAAGCCGGCUGGAAAAGGGCAGCAAAAAUUUGUUGGAGCUCGCGCGACAAAAAGAAACGGGACAGCUUGCGGCUGCCGAAGAUGCCGGUGUUCCUAGCGCAGUCAGGCUGUACGAGGAUAUCAUUUCGGACUGGACAGCCCCAGCCCCGUCAAACAAUACGACGCGUUUCAAGCAGCCAGACGAGCAAGCGUUUCUCGCGCAGCACUACGCAAACAUGUCAUCAGAUCCUAACUCGCGCUCGAAACUUUCGCGUCUGGGUGGUGCGAUGGGUGCAUCGGCUAACGGGGACGCGGAGUCCAGCGGGCGCACAGUGGUUGGGCCUAUGGGAAGCUCCAGUCUGAGCUUGCCGAGCGUGGAAAAGGCGCUGCUAGCGAAGAUAGGAGAUGCCGAUGAUGGGCCUUUGAGCACGAGUGCGAGGCCUGCCGCGCGUAUGGGCAGACGAGAAUCUCAUCGAGAGCGCGAAGGAACGCCCGGACUGCGACCAGAACGUCUGGCGAGCCCGCCAUUAGACUCUGGUCGAGCUGGACCGCUCAGUCCAGGUCUGACAUCGCCGGAAGGUCCUACAAGUCCCGGCACGCCGAAACAAUCGGAAGUGUUGCACACCUUCUUUCAGAGUCUGCUCAACAAGGAGAAGCCUGCUGGUAUGACGCCACCUUCCAUCAAUCGCACGAGGGAUAGAGGCAGCGGACCUGGUGGGAGUGGGCUGGGAGAGAGGAGAUCCAGCGCUAGAGAUCGCGAUGGGACAACCUAGACGUUGAUUUUUUUUAGCACCAUCGCAAACCCCUUUUUCGUCAAUACCCGAUCGUAAAAGUGUU